AUGGAGGAAAUCGGUGCCGAGCUUGACUUUGUCACCGAAAUCAGCUAUCUGCUCUCGCUCGGAGCCAUCAAGAUCUCAUUCUGUCUCUUCUACCUGAAGAUCUUCCAGGGCCACUGGUUUAAAAUAAUGUGCUAUAGCUUGAUGGGAUUAUUGAUUGCCGAGACUAUUGAAGAAACCUUUGUCGUGAUCUUUCAAUGCUGGCCCAUCCGCAAAGCGUGGGAUGCCGUCGGCACCGGGGAGGUCAAAUGCCUGUCUCUCUUUGGAUUCUAUUAUAUUUCGUUUGGAAUUCGAUUAGCGACGAAUAUUGCGCUUUUUACGCUCCCUAUCCCUUACCUGCUUCGGCUGCAGAUGACCACAGGCAAACGAGCGGGCCUGAUUUUCAUGUUUGCGCUCGGUAUUCUGUUGGUAGCCACCAGUAUCAUCCGCGCUACAUAUCUCAACAACUUCUCCGCCGAUCAUACAUGGGAGCUCGUGAGCCCGCUGAACUGGUCGUCCGUUGAGCUUGGAGUCGCCCUCUUCGUCGCAUGUUUGCCCUCCUUCAAAGCUCUGGUCACCUUGCGAUUCCCUUCACUGCGUCGGUUCCUCGGUCUAUCCAGCAACCGAAGCUACCCGGUUCGGUACGAACUCUAUGGAACCUCCGGUCAGCGUACGGAUGAUCCUCAAUCUUGGGGCAGGGCCAGACGAUUCCACAUCGGCCAGACAAAAUUGGGCAGCACCACCACCCACACUCAAACUGAGGUCGAAGCGAGCGGAGAUGGCUCCGAGGAACGCAUCAUAUAG